AUGAGGAGAGCGUCAGCGAAUGCGCUGAGGGAGCAAGAUGACAAAAGGGUCGAGGCGAGAAUAGAUAGGCUUGAGAAAGCACUCUUGAGUGCAAUCGAGAAGACCAACCCACCAGCCUCACGUGAGAAAGAGAAAACUCCGGGUCCAGGAGAAGCUCCACCCCAGCAAUACUAUGGCCCUCAAGAGGGGAAUUACCAGGCCCAGAAUAACAUGCAAUCCAACAAUGACGUGGUGCAUAAGCUUCAAGACGCUCAGUUGGAGCAGAAGUCAGCAAUGGACAUGUUGACAAAGCAAUUGUCCCAGAUCGCAACCUCCUUGAACGAGAUGCGAGGGAACGAAGGAAAGAUUCCUGCCUCAAUGAAUGAAGAAACACCUCCCGCGGAAGGCAAGGAAGGGAAGAACUCAGUUCCUGAACCUGGAAAUUCGAAGAUAGGGAGUACUGUAAGAGGAGAUGACCUUCGGGAAGGUGACCUGGGGAAACCGCUACCUAGUGUGGCUGAACCGUUUUUCCUAGACCCAGAGCCAGAAGCGGAAAAUGAAGUAGUGAGGAAGGAAACGGUCGAGCUUUCAGCUGGAGGGUCUACAAGUGCAGGGAAGCAAGUGAAACCAUUUCCGUACCGAGGAGAGGCUAAGAAGAAUAAGGAUGAACCGGAGUAUCUUGAGACCGAGUUGAUGCAGGAGCAAAUUGAUAAUUCAGAGUUAAGUCACUAUAUUGACAGAGAGGUAGCUGGAUGGUGUGAGGCAAUGCAUACAAGGGAACUAACGGAUGAGGAGCUGGCCGAAAAGGCACCCGCUCACACCACGAAGGCUGGGAAUCCCACCACCGCCGCAGGUUCCGACGCGGCGGCGCUCAUAGAUGAUUUGAUACGAAGAUUCAGAAGUAAGGAAGAGGCCCCCGUUCAUGCUGAGGUACAGGAGCCCGAGGAAGGAGACCUAAAGGGAGUUGUGGAUCUGGUAGACGAUCCAGAGGACGAGGACUCGUCAGUAGACCAGCGAGAGGCCAGACGAAGGGCCAGAAGGUGCUUGCGGGACGAGAUAGAUGAUCUCGCCCAGCCUACGGAGAAGGAGUUCCUUGCCCCAGGGGCAGAGGGCAAGCAGGAGGAGGAGACUCCUGGGUCUGACGGGGAGGAGGAUGAAAAGGAAGAACGCCGCUUGGCUGCGGAACGAAAGUGCAAAGGGAAACAUGCGGCCACUCCCCAGCCCAAGAAGUCCAAGAAGAUUGCAUCCGUCAAGAACGAUGAGGCUCCACUCCCCGCUCCAGCCAAGGUUCCUUACGCCAAUGAGCAAGUCGGUCCUAGCCCGGCCAGCGAGUCUGAGGAUGAAGAGGAAGAAAGUGAAAGUGAACCGCCCCAACGUACCACCCCAGUCUGGCUCCCGCGGGGGCCAGACUCAGAAUUGAUACCCCCCGAUGACCAAUUUGGUUCGAAUUGGUUGGAUCCAGAGUGGAUUAAGCGUCCGACGUGUGGAUCUGAAGCAGAGUUGGGGAAUUGUGCAUGA